GCAACGCAAGACGGUGGGCCGAACGCAGGAGAGGGAGCCACGGCUAUUUAAAGGGAGUCUAACGGGGGAGGGUGGUGGAUAAAUAACCCAGGAUCCACAGCGCUGAGUAACGACUCUAAACAUCGCUACAUCACAUCCCAUUCUCCAGCUUCUCACGAUUCAACCUCCUCUGUCUCCGUGUCUAUCUACUAGAUAUUGUCGUUUAGAGUGGCAGAGAGAAGCGGUUAGUUUUUUUUUUUCUUCUUCGCUUCCUCAGAGGGGUUUUUCUCUGGUCUCUCCUCUCCUGGAUAUAUAUUCCCCAUCAAACCAACAGACAGCUUCCGUAGAGCAGCUGCAGCUUCUCUUUAGCUACUGCGAGGAGCCGCUUCGGGGGGAACUAUGGGGAAAGAUUAUUAUAAAAUCCUGGGGAUAGUGAAAGGAGCGGCUGACGAGGACAUUAAAAAGGCGUACAGAAAACAGGCUCUGAAAUGGCACCCGGACAAAAACAAGGCGUCCAACGCGGAGGAGAAAUUCAAGGAGAUCGCGGAGGCAUAUGAAGUCCUCAGUGAUCCGAAGAAAAGAGAGAUAUAUGAUCAGUAUGGAGAAGAAGGUCUCAAAGGAGGUGGCGGCCCCGGCAACGGUCCUGACGGACAGGGCAGCAACUUCACAUCUUACACGUUCCACGGCGACCCCCACGCCACCUUUGCCACCUUCUUCGGCGGCGCCAACCCCUUCGAGAUGUUCUUCGGCCGUAAGGCCAACGGGCGCGGUCCCGGCGGCGGGGACGACGAGGACAUGGAGGUGGACGGCAAUGACCCGUUCGGCUCCUUCACCUCGUUUAAUCUCAACGGGUUCCCUCGGGACCGCCACGUGGGGCUGGGCGGGCAGCAGAGGAGGAAGCAGGACCCGGCKGUUCAUCACGAGCUGCGGGUAUCGCUGGAGGAAGUGUUUCACGGUUGCACCAAGAGGAUGAAGAUCAGCAGGAAGAGGAUGAACCCUGACGGACGGACCAUGAGGACGGAGGAUAAGAUUCUCACCAUAGAGAUUAAGAGAGGGUGGAAGGAGGGAACCAAGAUCACGUUCCCCAGAGAAGGAGACGAGUCGCCCAAUACGAUCCCUGCUGAUAUUGUGUUCGUCAUUAAGGACAAGCCACAUGCACAUUUUAGGAGGGAGGGGUCGGACAUCGUGUACCCGGUGAAAGUUAGUCUACGACAGUCGUUGUGUGGUGCUCGGUGACGGUGUCUACGAAUAGACGGGAAAACGUGUAA